AUGUUUGUGCCUUUAUUUAGGCUACACGAAACACUUUUCCGAUCUGGGCAAAUUGUAUUCUUCAUUGUGACAAUAGCGCCACUUGUGGUGAGAUUCGCAAGUUAUUUACUUCAGGAUGAGCGAAAUAGAAAAAGAGCUUUAUCAUGUUCGAUGAAAUCGUCUCGCAAAUUUCGCAUUUGCGUUGGACUUAGGAAAUUUAAUCAAUGUAUUCUCGUUAUCACCGACUCAUCAUCACGAAGAGUGGUAUCAUUUUGGCAGCAGAAAUUCUUAACGCUCUAUGCAUGCGACUGA